CCAACGGUGGUUCUAAUUUGUUUAACACAUCUAGAUGUAACUAUGAGGAAAUGAAAGCUGAAAUUCUGAUCUAUCGUCUCAUAUUCAUCUUUUGCUCUCAAACCCAAAUGUCUUCAACAUAUAGCCAAAAAAUAAAAGGCCUUACUGUUCCAAUACUUUCAGAGGGAACUGUAGCUCCAAGUUCGGACUCCAAGUUCGGACACAUUUCCGAGUUAAGUCAAACACAGCAUUAGUCUUAGCGACAGGGAAUUCAGGGCUAAUCAGGGUUUCAUUCGACUUAUCUCAGAAGUGGAAAGUCUGAAGUCUGAGUAACAAGGUAGGGAAAAAAAACAUGGCCGCUUCCAUGUUUAUGUAUAUGGUGUAUAUUUUCCUCCUCAAAACAGCGAACUCUGUUGGUAAUGUUAUAGAUUUAACAAGCGAAUAUGUCUGGAUUUAUUGAUCUAAAGCGUAUACUUUAUUUAAAGUGAGGGUAAGAUGUGCUACUUUGUUAACUUCGGAUGCUGUGCACAGCCAUGUUGAUUUCACGCUACUUUCUGAACUCGGAGUUGAGGAGAACGUCCUCGAGUUCCCGAGUAAGAAUACCAAGUGCUUUGUGUUCUUUGGGAGGUGUUUUUUUUUUUUUUUUCCAGUCAGAGGUCAGAAAUUGUGAGUUAUGACCUUUAGUCUGAUGGAUCAUAAAAGCGUGAUCAGUGAGAUACAAUCCAAGCUCUGUCAUUCUUUUGGGGGCGUGGCCGUCAGCAGUUGAGGCGGGGCUACAACAUGUUGUUGAACUGAACCUGUAACUAGCUUUGCUGGUGCUUAAUAGUCAACUGCACCUUUAAUGCAGUUGAAUGGUGUCCUGUAGGUGCUCUGUUAAAAUAGAGGUUUUGGAUCUUCAUCAUCAGGGUGGGUGUUUGUGAUGAAGAAAGGCUAUCAAGAGAAGGAAGAAUCUCUGCAGAGUUCAGUCAUAACUAAAGUGAAAGGGGUCACGUUCACGAACACGACAGGCUCCGAACCCUGGCUUUGGGGUCCUGAAGAUUAUGUCAUCCCACAACAGGGUGAAGCUGUGCUCUUCAUAACCACAAAUUUUAUCACAACCCCAAACCAGAAAUUAGGAUACUGUGCUGAGAGUGUUAAGGUGCUUGACGGUCAAUGCCAUGGGAAUGAAGACUGCACAGAAGGAGACACUGUAAUAGCUGGCCAUGGAAUUAAGACAGGACGCUGCUUAAAGAAAGACCGGAACUCUACAGGUACCUGUGAAAUAUACGGCUGGUGCCCCAUUGAACGACGCAACCGACCAGAUGCGCCUUUGUUAGGAAAAGCUGAAAACUUCACCAUAUACAUAAAGAACUUCAUCAGAUUCCCCAAGUUUGACUUCUCAAAGUCAAAUGUUUUGGAGACGGCAGAUGGCACGUAUCUGAAGAACUGUUCGUAUGAUAAGCUCGCUCAUCCUUACUGCCCCAUAUUCCGGCUUGGUGAUGUAGUCCAGAGAACUGGACAUGAUUUUCAAGACCUGGCCCUGCUGGGAGGAGCAAUAGGAAUCCUAAUAGAGUGGCACUGUGACCUGGAUAAAGGCUACUCAGCGUGCCACCCGAGCUACAGUUUCACGCGACUGGAUGUGAAUGCUACAGCCAAUGCACUCUCAUCAGGGUAUAACUUCAGAUAUGCACGGUAUUUCAAAAAUGCUGACGGAGAGACCCACAGGACACUUUUUAAGGUGUAUGGGAUUCGCUUCGACAUAAUGGUUCAUGGCAAGGCUGGAAAGUUCAAUAUAAUUCCCACGAUCAUAAACAUAGGCUCGGGUCUUGCGUUAAUGGGUGCUGGGGCGUUUUUCUGUGACAUGGUCCUUCUCUACAUGAUGAAGAAAAGCACCCUUUACAGGAAGAGGAAAUUUGAAACAGAUAAUAAGUAUGGCACACAAACACCAACCCCAAAGAAUGGAAAUAACAACAGGAAGAGUACAGACAUGUCUGAGGUGGCUGUGAAACAGCCACCAGAGAUGGAGCAACUCACACACCCACCAUCUGAGCAACACAGACCAGAAACAACAGAUUUACCCAAAGGACAAAGGGACAAAGUCAUGUGACUCUACAUAAACUAUGGCCUUUUUUUUUUAAAAUGGACAACAGCCACAAAAACCUGACUCUAUCCCAUACAGAAUGCAUCCUUUCCACUGACCACCACUGCUACAUGGAACUACCUGUCCUUAAAGUGAAUUUAAGGACUUUUGUUGAUCACUAUGCAAAGUCAUUAGCCAUGCAAUAAUGUACUUACUUGAAGAUGGAAGCAAUAACACCUCAUAUGUAAUUGAAUAUUGACCUGUGGUGUUUAUUCCAGUUAUUAGAGAUGAUUUUAUCAUCACUGUUAUUUAUGACUCCUGCACUGAAACUUUGAAAUGCACUGUGAUGGAAUGUCUUUACCAAAUGUAUCACCAGAUUCAUAUGUGAAUAUUCAGUCUUUUUUUUACCUCACCUGCCAGUUCCCACCCACCAGCCCGGGUAACACAUGCUUCCUCGGAGACAUGUGAAGCUAGCCAACCACAUGUUUUUGAACUGCUGUUCAUUCUGCGCUACAGGGCGGCGUAACACACUCCGAGGAAUGCAUUGUCUGCCCUCUUCCAUGUAUGUGAGCUCACAGACACCCAUAAGUACAUAGUGUUGCUGUGAUUGAUAGUGGAGAGGGAGGAUAAGACCCCUCCCACCCAGAGAGAACGGCCAAUUUUGAUUCCUAGACUACCCAGCAAUGGAUGGCUGUGACAUUGUCAGAGGCAGUAGUGUUGUAUCGUCAAGGCAGUCUAAAUUUAUUCUCUUAUAGAUAUACACUAUCCAGGAGGAAUUAAUUAGGCAGGUAGAAUAGCAUCAUAGGCCCAAAAGCAUUACCCUGUACAAUGCUUUCAUUCUCCUUCCGCUUUUCCUGAUAGGGCUCGUCGUGGUAAUAGGCUGAGACGGUCAAUCCAGAUUUCUCUAUCCCCAGCCAUAGAUUCAAGCUCCUCCUGGGGAAUCCAACUGUGAGAUCUAACGUCUGUCCCGGAGCCCGAUACAGCUUAAGAGGCAGCCGACCAGAGGCCAUCCUUGGAAGGUGCUGAAACCACCUAAAUCAGCACCUCUCAUUUCAGAGGAGAGUGAGAACAGUUCACUCUGUUACAUUUCUGUAUUACGAAUUCUUUAUUAGAAUAUUUUGGGAUACUGGAUUUUUGAUUUCCCUGAGCUGUAAACCGUAAUCAUCAAGAUUAUAAUUUUUUUUUUUUUUUAAAGGCUUCAAAUAUUUCACUUUAUGUGUAAUGAAUCUAUAACAUAUGAAAGUUCCACUUUUUUAAUUAAAUUACGGGGGGGAAAAAAUCAACUUUUCCACGAUAUUCAAAUUUUUUUGAGAUGCACCUGUAGAGUAAACCCAGCAACGCCACCUACAGCUUGUGACCAAAGA